AUUGCAGUUGCAGACAUUCCAAAAUCCAACAUGGCGUUCCAAAAGAUUCUUUUCGAUUUUCCUGAAGCUAUCUCUGCUUUUGCCUAUGGAUCUGCUGUAUUUACUCAAGAAAGCAAUUCAGAUAUGAAGAAUAAUAUGCUAGAUGUCGUCUUUAUAGUAGAUAAUGCUCUAAGAUGGCAUAAAUCCAAUUUACAGAUGAACAGAUCUCACUAUUCGAUGUUUGCACGAAGUAUUGGCCCUAGUUUUAUCGCAUCACUGCAGGAAAAUCUCGGCGCUAAAAUGUACUACAAUACCUUGGUACCAUGGAAUGGCCAAAUGAUAAAAUAUGGCGUCAUAACUCAAACUCGUUUGAAAGAGGAUCUUUUGCACUGGCAAUCACUUUAUAGUAGUGGUCGUUUACAAAAACCUGUGAAAUUCCUUUGUUCAAUCUCCGACCAAAUACAAAGUUGUUUAGACACAAAUUUAAAACACGCCUUGAAUGCAUCGCUUUUAUGUCUUCCAGAGAAAUUUUCGGUUGAGGACCUGUUUAUGCAAAUAACGCGCUUAUCGUAUGACGGUGAUUUCCGAAUGAUAAUCGGUGAAAACAAGAACAAAGUGUCAAAUAUAGUAAAGCCGAACAUUGAACUUUUCCGGAAACUUUAUUACUCGCAUUUGAUAAAUGAUAAGUUCAUACAUAUUGACAAAGAUAUAAUUAUUCAGGAUUUAAAUCCAGAAACCCGGUUCGCACGGCUCAGACAGCUCCCUUGUAAUGUAAAAUCCCGCAUUGUCAACUGGCAAAUGUCGUGGCUGAGUUUUCAAACUUUCAACAAUCCUUUGAAUGAAAUGCAGGAUGCAAUCCUUUACAGUCUCGCUCAUAAUCAAAUAAAAACGCAAGAAUCGGUACAAAAAGCAACCAGAUCAAUUGUAAGAUAUAGCAGCAUAACACAAAGUUCAAAAGGAAUUCUAACCACGGGUAUUUCCAAAUCUCUUAUAUAUUCUGGCAAGAAACUAGCAAAAAUGUUACGAGGAAUAUUUCGAUAAAAGAAUAAAGCAAAGAUGCAUACAACAUCGCAUUUAAUUUUUAUUUGUAUAAUGGAUGAAUACACCAUCUAACACAACAUAUUACAUAUACUUAUGUAAACUUAAAAAAAGCCUUGAACUAUGAACAACGUUAUAAAUUUUUAACAAUAUAGGUUUCAACUCGUGCUGUGAGGUAGAUUUAUUGUAGUUAUAUAUGAUGAAGUGUAACGAAAUUUCGCGUGCAUUUUAAACAGUUCGUAGAUUGUAUUUACCAUAAACUCAACAGAUUUUAACUUCUAUAAUUACAAAAUUAAGUUAGUCUUCUCGCUCUCACGUAGAGCAUAACAAAUGAAAUAAUCCUGAACGAAAUCAUCAAAGCGAUGAUGUAAUAAAGAUUUGGAUAGAA